CUCAAGGGCAGACAGAGCUUCCUCGAGGCGGUAGGCUAGCAAGCUUCUACCUUCCCUUCUCUACCCUUGAUCAUCUCCUGCCCACCAUACCAGCAUGUCCAAGCGGCUCAACAAGCGCCAACAAAGGGAGCAGCAGGAAUUGCAAGAGCUCCAAGACCUUGCCAUAUCCGACGCUGCACCCAACGCAACCUCCUCCACAGCUGGUGACGCAGAAGAGCCACGAGAAGGAGUGAAUCAGGACGAGUCUAUUGCAGCGCCAGCACAAUCGACGCAGCCGGCUCAAAGCGUCUUUGCCGCGCUCGGCGGAGACGAAGAUGAAGGAGCCGAGAGUGACGAGGACGCAGACGACGGCCUAGAAGACGCAUCAACAGCGACGGCAGCAACAACAGCCAAGCCCAAGAAGAAGAACAAAAAGAAGAAGAAGAAGACUCCUGCCGCUACAGCGGCUGCCGGCGUGGAAGACGGGGACGGGGAACAGGCCGGGAGUGGCGCCGUAUCCCCUGCUCCAACACCUGCAGUCAAGACUAGCAAGAAGAAGGGUGGAAAAGGAGGAGGCGGAGCCCAGGCUUCCAAAGGUCUAUCGGACAUGUCCCUUGACGACUUUGAUUCGAUCUUAGCCUCCCAGCCUCACGUCGUUGCAGGGGGCGGUAUAGCCAAGACUGUUCAAGCAGCUGCUGGCGCCUCCUCAGCAAGCUCGCUUCGAGCCUGUCUCUCCCUGCAGCAGAACCAUCUCGAUCCGGAUGUGGAGCUGAGGAGACAAUUCGGCUCAGCGGCUAUUAAGGCCUACGAAGCCGAGAAUGGAGGAGCAGGCGGUAGCGGGGCUAGCGGAGGAGCGCGGGCUCGGAUGCUGGCUCGCAAUCCCAACCUGAAGCUACGCAGCGUCCUGGUGCAAGCCAAGGACACCUGGCCGCCGGUGAAUCGGACCUUCACGGGCAUGGUGGGGGAAAUUGAGGAAGAUGCAAGUACGGGUGCAAAGGUCGCCACGUGGGAGCAUUCCAAAGCCUACAGGGCUGCUCAGUACGAGUUUCAACAAGCCGUUGCUACACACAACCCUGAAGCCAUCUACGCUUUGCUCAGACCAUACUCUUGGCACGUGCAUGUCCUCUCGUCAAUGUCAGACAUCAGCAAGCAUCAAGGAGACUUGGGUCAGGCAUCCGAUUGGAACGCACGCAUCCUCUUCGUCUACGAGCGGACCGCCUCGCCCACCUUCAUCUCCUCACUAACCAAUCCUGCCGGCCCUCUGCCUGUAGACUUCAAGAAGGUCGAGAAUAGAGGUUUGUACCUCGCAGCUCACCGCAUGAUUGCCUUUCUCGGUCGGAGAGGCACCUGGCGUACCGCUCUAGAGUGGUCCAAAUUCCUCUUCUCCCUCGACGAGCACGAUCCUCACGCCUGUCUGCUAUGGGUGGACUUCCUCGCCAUUAAGAGCAAGCAACAUCGCUGGCUUGUAGAGGACUUCCUUCCUCGGCUGAGGAAGACACGGGAUCUGAGUUGGGCUGGAGGUUUGGACUUUGCAGAGGCGCUGGGUGUGCGGGCAUUGGAGAGGGAGAAGGGCGACAAAUCCGGCGAGAGCAGUAUCCCCCUGCUCAAGAAGGCCAUCGUGCGGCAUCCCUAUCUCCUCCCCGCUCUCUACGCCAAAGUUGGGCUGGACCUACCAAGAGGCAUGGAGUCGCACCCCUGCGUUCAAGCCGCAUCUUCGCAAGGAGACGAAGAGGAUGCUCUGAGAGAGAUUGUCUCGCAAAUCUACAGCGCGCGCAACGACUCGCUCUGGAAGGACCCGGAGCUCAAGUCUUGGCUACGCACAUCCGUAGAGUCCGUCUGGACCGAGUGUUCCAGCGGAGCGGGAUCGGGAUCACAAUGGAAGAAGAGCUCCCUCCCUAGCGCCGCAGGAGACGAAGCGACGACGUCCAGUCUCUACCGACACAUCCUCGUGGCAGACAUGCCCGACGCACUACGUCAGUCACUCACAUCGCUUAUUCCCCACUCCAUCACUCGUGAGACGAGCAACUUAGACGCUUUUGAUCCACUGCCUCCACGAGGAGCAGGCUCGACGCGGAUUGACGACGAGUACUUUGCUCCUCUCAUACGACGCACCGGACCUCUCAGAGGUAGCAGCGCGGCGACGGGAGGUGGAGCAGGGGCGGCGGCGGGAGUGAAUGCGGGUAUGCUAGAGCGGUUGCAGGAGCUGCUUGGACAAUUCCAAGGACGACUGCCCUUCUUUGGCGGCGGCGGUGGUGGUGGUGAGGCCCCAGGUGCAGCUGGUGCUGUAGGUGAGGAACAGGAAGCGGAGGCGAGGGCGUUGAUGCAGCAACUGUUGCGGGAUAUGCCGCUGGAAGAGGGACAGAUGGGUGCGGGUGGGAUGCCGGGUCGCUUCGAUGAGGAGGGCGAGGGCGAGGACGAGGACCAGGAGGAGAUGUUGGAUUCGGAUUCGGAGUAGAGAUGAAUGGCAUCCAUUGUAGACACACACUCACACCUCAUGAGCCUCGGGCUCUUUCUGCAAGUAUGCGCUGCCCUUCCCUCCCCUCUCCCCUGCUCCCUUCUACACCUCUUAAUAUGCCCACACCGGAUCAACCACUCCCUCAAACCUCCCCUCUCCACCUCUCAGCGCCCUCACAUUUGCCACAAAGCGCUGCACCAGCAACGGCCUUACCAUUGCAGGCGUAUCCGCUGUAUGCGGUGUAAUGAUCAAGUUUCCCCUCUUAUCAGGUUGCAACUCUUCCUCAAAGUCUGC